AUGUCUCGUGGUGUGAGAGUUCCCGUGGCGGCCGGCAGCGCGGAGAGAUUCGAGGUGCUGAAGGUGCUGGGUCGCGGCGCCUUCAGCACGGUGCACCUGGUGCGCAAGGUCGGCGGGGAAGACGACGGGCGCAGCUACGCCCUGAAGGAGCUGCCGAAGGGGCUGUACAGGACCCAAGAGGCGCUGUCCAGGUUCCUCCUGAAGGAGCGGCGAGUGCUGGAGGCUGUCGGCGAGGCGCCCUUCCUCCUGCACCUGCACUACGCCUUCCAGACGGAGGAGGCAGCCUUCUUGGUGGUCGACCACGCGGCGGGAGGCGAACUCACCGCCGUGCUGGAGGACCUGGGGUUCCUGGCGGAGGACCAGGCCCGCCUGGUGCUGGCCCAGCUCUUCACGGCCCUGGACACCCUCCACCGCGACGUGAAGGCCGACAACGUGCUGGUGGACGGCGAGGGCAACGUGGUGCUGGCCGAAUACGGGCUGUGCUCGGAGCCGGCGGAGGAAGGCUGCCUCGUCGGCCGCACCAUAUGCGGGACGGUGGAGUAUAUGGCGCCGGAGGUGUUCCUCAGGCGUCCGCCCGGGUACACCGCGGCCGUGGACUUCUGGGGCGCGGGCGUGCUGGGCUUCGAGCUGCUGACGGGGAUCCUGCCCUUCGACCCCAAGUUCAAGGGCGACAGGAAGAAGACAAUUCACAAGAUCAUAAAAAAGGAGCCGAAGUACCCGCCGCGCCUGUCGCCCGAGGCGGCGGACUUGCUCAGGAGGCUCCUGAGCAAGAAGCCCCACAAGCGCCUCGGAGGGCCGGCGGCUGACCUGGCGGAGGUGAAGCUGCACCCAUUCUUCCAGGACCUGGACUGGGAGGAUCUGCCACCCCCCUUCAUGAGGAGAGAGGUGCCGGAGUGGGCUGCAGAGAGCUCCGUGGACGAGGGUGCCUCAGAGGUCGGAGAGGUGCCAGUACUCAUGCGAGGACACCUGUCGGGCUUCGACUACACGUCGCCAGUCCACCAGCAGCCCUCGGCCAGACCUCAGCCCGCGUCCAGCCCCCAGCCCCCGUCUAGUCCUCGGACCCCGGCACGUCGUCCACAGCUCACGUCCAGUCCACUGCCCACGUCCAGUCCACGGCCCCCGGCAAGUCCACAGCCCACGUUCAGUCUACGGCCCAAGUCCUGUCCACUGCCGUCGUCCUGGCUUCUACCCCCGUCCAGUCCACGGCCCCCGGCAAGUCCACAGCCCCCGACCAGUCUACAGUCCCUGUCCAGUCCACAGCCUGUCCCGUCGGCGACUCCGUCAGGAGUAACCAAGUCAGCUGCUGUGACCCGGGACCGUUCUUGCAAAGAAGACGAAAAUGAUGAAUCAAACAUUCAGGAAGACAAGCCGAAAGGAAAUCGUUUUAAAAGAGUGGUUAGAGGAACGUCAGUCGCUCAGCGAGUGGUUGACUCGCUUCUUCACGGCAGUUCCUGGUCGAGCGGGGACUUCGAGGCGGAGGAAACGUCGGGCGCGGAGCGAGUACUGAAGAAACUUCGCGCAGAGAGAUUCGAGGUGCUGAAGGUGCUGGGUCGCGGCGCCUUCAGCACGGUGCACCUGGUGCGCAAGGUCGGCGGGGAAGACGACGGGCGCAGCUACGCCCUGAAGGAGCUGCCGAAGGGGCAGUACAGGACCCAAGAGGCGCUGUCCAGGUUCCUCCUGAAGGAGCGGCGAGUGCUGGAGGCUGUCGGCGAGGCGCCCUUCCUCCUGCACCUGCACUACGCCUUCCAGACGGAGGAGGCGGCCUUCUUCGUGGUCGACCACGCGGCGGGAGGCGACCUCACCGCCGUGCUGGAGGACCUGGGGUUCCUGGCGGAGGACCAGGCCCGCCUGGUGCUGGCCCAGAUCUUCACGGCCCUGGACACCCUCCACUCGCUCGGCGUGAUCCACCGCGACGUGAAGGCCGACAACGUGCUGGUGGACGGCGAGGGCAACGUGGUGCUGGCCGACUACGGGCUGUGCUCGGAGCCGGCGGAGGAAGGCUGCCUCGUCGGCCGCACCAUAUGCGGGACGGUGGAGUAUAUGGCUCCCGAGGUGUUCCUCAGGCGUCCGCCCGGGUACACCGCGGCCGUGGACUUCUGGGGCGCGGGCGUGCUGGGCUUCGAGCUGCUGACGGGGAUCCUGCCCUUCGACCCCAAGUUCAAGGGCGACAGGAAGAAGACAAUUCACAAGAUCAUAAAAAAGGAGCCGAAGUACCCGCCGCGCCUGUCGCCCGAGGCGGCGGACUUGCUCAGGAGGCUCCUGAGCAAGAAGCCCCACAAGCGCCUCGGAGGGCCGGCGGCUGACCUGGCGGAGGUGAAGCUGCACCCAUUCUUCCAGGACCUGGACUGGGAGGAUCUGCCACCCCCCUUCAUGAGGAGAGAGGUGCCGGAGUGGGCUGCAGAGAGCUCUGUGGACGAGGGUGCCUCAGAGGUCGGAGAGGUGCCAGUACUCAUGCGAGGACACCUGUCGGGCUUCGACUACACGUCGCCAGUCCACCAGCAGCCCUCGUCCAGACCUCAGCCCCCGUCCAGCCCCCAGCCCCCGUCUAGUCCUCGGACCCCGGCACGUCGUCCACAGCUCACGUCCAGUCCACUGCCCACGUCCAGUCCACGGCCCCCGGCAAGUCCACAGCCCACGCUCAGUCUACGGCCCAAGUCCUGUCCACUGCCGUCGUCCUGGCUUCUACCCCCGUCCAGUCCACGGCCCCCGGCAAGUCCACAGCCCCCGACCAGUCUACAGUCCCUGUCCAGUCCACAGCCUGUCCCGUCGGCGACUCCGUCAGGAGUAACCAAUUCCUGGUCGAGCGGGGACUUCGAGGCGGAGGAAACGUCGGGCGCGGAGCGAGUACUGAAGAAACUUCGGUGGCUGAGCGAGCUGGAGACUCGCUGCUAA